AUGCGAAUCCGCCUGACCUUCGAGGACCCUCUUCCAGCAUACAAGUGCUGGUACGAGGUCCCCGCCUCGUGUUCGACUAUCCACGACCUCCAACGGGUCGUCAGGAAGGGCUUUAAUCUGGACCAAUACUGCAAGACAACGCGUCUCGAUCUCGAUGGGUUCUUCCUUCUGCCAGCGUCUACCAUUGCUGGAUCUUUGAAAGAUGGUGACCUUCUCCAGGUCAUGAUCAGGAAAAAGGGCGACGGCUUGCCACCGCGUCAUCUUCCAGUGUCAGGAGGAAAGAAGCGAUCGAGCGAGGAUGCUGGACUCUCAAACACCGCAGACCGGAAAGCGUCGAAAAAGAUGAAAUCCACACCACCCAACAAGAAACCAACAGCACCACUUGUCAAACAGCACAACAUACAGGUGCAGCAGUCUGGACAGGGUCAACAGAAACAACAGCCCAACGCCCAGAACAACAAGAAGAAAAAUCAACAAAACAACAAGAAGGCGAAGCAGAACAACAGCAACAACAACAAGCCGCAACAGAACAGCCAGCAAUUGCCCUCCAAAGACAACGUGCAAGCAAAGGCCAACAAGAAAAACAAGAAUAAUAAUCAAAAGAACAACAAGGGGGAUGCAGCCUCCAACACGAACACCAACAACAACACCAAGACAAACACCAGCGGCCAGAAUUCCAAGGGAGCUGAGACCAAUGGCACCAAGCGAUCGAAAAACAACAGGACAGUGAACGUUGACCUUGACCAAUCCGUGAACGAAAGACGAAACGUCCGCUUCGCGCCAGAAUCAACAUCUCAGCCAAAGAAAGUGGCGAUGUCCUCCUCCUCUUCCUCCGGCUCCUCUUCCGACAGCAGCAGCAGCAGUGACACCUCUAAUAGCAACAAGGACUCAUCAGACAGCAGCGACAGCGAUUCCAACAGCAGUGAUUCCGACAGUGAUUCCGACAGCAGCAGCAGUGAGAGCGACAGCAACAAGAAGGAUGAAAAGAAGGCUGCCGUCACCAGGAUAGUUCCAGGAAUGGGCAUGGGUGCGACAAAGUCCCGGAACGCGCGUCGAAAGCUUCUCAAGAUGAAACUCGCCGAGGCUCGUGAAGAGGCAGUCUCUGGAUCAGAUACUUCGGGCAACCCUUUGAAGAGACACACCGUAGCAGUAACCCAACUCGUCGACGCCACGCCAGCAACACCACCCGUCCGGACGUCUGGAAAGGCUGCACCCCAAGCAAACGGAAAGGACUCUGCUCACAACAACAAUAAGAUACCUUCUCCUCAGGCGAACAGGAAAGCACCUACUCAAGCUUCUACGCCACCAAAAGUCAUCAUGACCAGCGUCGACCUCAAGGACAGCGAACUCAUAACCAAGACGACCCCAAAGCGCGUCACUCGGUCCACCCAGAAGAAACCCAACGGCACGGCCCAAGAAGUACCGGAAACACCUCAGCCUGAGACCGGCGUCAAGCAGAAGGAUUCGGGAUCCAAGAAGACAGUGCCCGCUGAAAAGGAGUCUGACGACCCGUCUGAAGUGGACGUAACUCCUCGGGACUACCACAGCCUGCCCAAAUCAGAGGACAGCCUGGCUAUUGGCGAUGUGAUUGCAUUCAAGACAUUGGAGAUGGGUCCUUCGUAUCAGCCUAUCAUCUCUGACUUCAAGGAGGCAACGGUGCUUUCUUACUCGACGACGGACAUGACGGCAGAGGUUCAACUCGCACGGAAGUUCAGGACGCCUGUUCAACUGGACGAUGAUGGCAACCCCAUUCUAGGCAAGUUUGACAUCUAUGACGAGGAAGAGGUUGAGCGUGCCCGCCGAGGCAUUGUCUCCUUUGACAUUCUAGGUCUUGCCGACUGCAGGAUCAUCUCCAAGAGGUGA